CGGCAUUCCGUUGCAGCACCAUAAAGCGCAGCAUGGCGACGAGCUUCUUUGACGACGCCGGGAAAGGCCAGCUCAGCUACUACCUCCCGACAACCGAGACGCCGCCUCCAUCCCUCCAUGGCCUCCGAAAGACCAACCAAUGCCGCUUCGAGGGUGGCUGUUCCAAGUAUGCCCAAGCAGGUGGCAUGUGCAUCGCCCAUGGCGGUGGCCGGCUUUGCACCGUCGCCACGUGCCCACAGUUCGAUACGCGCACGUGUAAAAAACAUGGGGGAACGAAAAAGUGCAUGCUGCCCGACUGCACGAACGCUGCCGUCGGCAAAGCGCGAGUCUGCUGCAAGCAUGGCGGUGGGCGCAAGUGCCAGACGGAAGGUUGCACCAAGUACGACGCCGGCAAAGGCUUCUGCCUUGGUCAUGGUGGUGGCCGGCUCUGCAAACAGGACAACUGUCCGAAGAAGCAAUAUCGCCAAGGGUUGUGCUACGAGCACACCACCAAACCCAUGUGCAAGCACGAGGGCUGCCCGCGCUUGGAUCUCGGCAAAGGCUUCUGCAAGACGCACGGUGGCGGCUACACGUGUAAGGCCGAAGGCUGCACGAAGAAGGACAAAGGGGGUGGGUUUUGCAUCGCUCACGGCGGUGGCACACGCUGCCGGUCGCCCGGGUGCAACAAGGUGAACCGCGGCGGCGGCUUUUGCAAAGCCCACGGUGGCGGCAAAAAGUGCCAAUUUACAGAGUGCAGCGAGUGGGUCCUGAACGGCGGCUUCUGCAAAACGCAUGGCGGCGGCGCAGGCAAGCGCUGUUCGGUCAAGGGCUGCCUGAAGUUCAACCAAGGAGGCGGUUUUUGCCUUGCGCACGGCGGGGGCGUCAACUGCUCCGUUGAGGGCUGCACAAAGAAACAGACGCGGUUUGGGCUCUGCUGUGCACAUGGUGGCAAGGCCCGGUGCAAGGUCCCACAGUGCGAAAAAGCUGUUCAGACCAAAGGUCUUUGCAAGGCCCAUGGUGGUGUCAAACCUUGCAGCGCCCCCGAGUGCACGAGGCAGGCCAAGAGCCGGGGUUUCUGUAUCAACCAUGGCGGCGGCCAGCAGUGCAAAGCGGCCGAGUGUCACAAGACUCAGCGGGGCGGUGGUUUUUGCAAGGCUCACGGCGGUGGCCAAAAGUGCAGUCACGCCGCGUGUACCAACUGGGCGAUCAACGGCGGUCAGUGCGAUGACCAUCCGGCGGUACUGCCAAUGACGCCGUCGGGAGGACUGCUCUUUCCACGCACCAACGCGGCCCCUGCAUCGCAACUGGCAGCAGCGCCGUUCCCAGCGUUCCAAAACGUCAUCCACCCGGCGCUCGUGCAGUAUUCAACGGCCAUUUCGAUUCUGAACCCGGCAGAAACUCCAACGGCAUCGACUUCGGCCAAUACGCUGACCAACCUUCUCGACACGAUGCAGCUACCCCCGUACAUGUACCACCCGCUGCCGUCGCUGCGGUCCUCCGAUGCCCUCCUCUUCAGCGACGCCACAACGCCCGAAAAAGAGGCACCCCGCACAACGAGCGCAAACCGCCUUCAGCACCAGCUCAACCCUAUGGCAGACGACGACGACGAUCCGCACGAGUCGCGACUCAACCAAGACGCUGCCGUUGCCAUGACCUCCUUGUGGUAGAAUUUACGAUGAGAGCUCUGUCGAAAGUCGAAAAAAGCGUUGCAGUGUACGUGUGUUGACGUUUAUU